AUGAGGAUGACCAAUACUGCGGCACCACCACCCUUCACCUCAUUCUCUCCGUUUCAACGCUUUCUCCGAUUUAUCGUCGCUGUCCCCGUCGAACAUCGCUCCGCCGCGAUUCAUCUUCUCCGUUUCCCGACUCUCCUUCGCCGACGCUACUCUUCUUCAUUGCUCUCUGGAAUCCGCCGUCGCCGUCGCCGUCUCCGUACAUCUUCUAAGGUAUCCACUAUGAUGGACGAGAAUGAAGCCGAUUCUUCAAUCUCCAUGUGA